UCAUGCGGCCGGCCUUUCAUCUAUAUCUUGUGCGCAUAUGUAUAAACGGGAGACCCCUCUUCACUUCUAAGGCAGAAUAAUAUGGAAAAGGCUUACUACAUAGUGUUAUCCUUGUUUGCAAUUACAUUAGUAAUAUAUGCAUGGAAGUUGUUGAAUUGGGCAUGGUUUAGGCCAAGGAAAUUGGAGCAGUGCCUGAGACAACAAGGUCUCAAAGGGAACUCUUACAAACUAAUAUUUGGAGACCUCAAAGAGUUGUCCAAAAGCAUUGAAGAAGCGAAAUCCAAGCCAUUGAAUGUCUCUGAUGAUGACAUAUCCCCAAGAAUCCUCCCUUAUUUUGUUGAAGCAAUCAAGAAAUUUGGUAAAAACUCUUUUGUAUGGCUUGGGCCGAAUCCUUUGGUAUUUGUAAGGGACCCUGAGGCAAUAAAGGAUGUGCUUACCAAACAUUCUCUCUACCAAAAGCCAAAAUCUACUCCCCUGACCAAGUUGCUGGCACAAGGAGUUGUAAGCUAUGAAGAAGAUAAAUGGGCAAAGCAUCGAAAAAUCCUCAAUCCUGCUUUCCAUAUGGAGAAGAUAAAGCAUAUGCUUCCAGCAUUUCAUUUGAGCUGCAGUGAGAUGGUGAGCCAAUGGGAGGAGGCUGCAUCAGUGAAAGGAUCUUGCGAACUCGAUAUAUGGCCUUACCUUCAAAGAUUAAGUAGUGAUGCAAUUUCUCGGACAGCCUUUGGGAGCAACUAUGAAGAAGGCCGAAAGAUAUUUGAGCUUCAAAAGGAACAAGCUGAGCAUGUCAUUGCAAUUUCUCGCACCUUAUAUAUUCCAGGAUGGAGGUUUAUGCCAGCUAAGAGAAACAGAAGGAUGAAGGAGAUUGAGAAAGAAGUUCAAGCAACAAUUAGGGGAAUCAUUGAUAAAAGAGUGAAGGCAAUGAAAGCAGGGGAGGCCAAUGCUGAUGACUUAUUAGGCAUAUUGUUGGAAUCCAACUUUAAAGAAAUUGAACAACAUGGUAACAAGGAUUUUGGUAUGAGUACACAAGAGGUCAUUGAGGAAUGUAAAUUGUUCUAUUUUGCUGGGCAAGAGACCACCUCUGUGUUGCUUGUAUGGACUAUGGUUUUGUUGAGCAGGCAUCCAGACUGGCAAGCUCGCGCCAGAGAAGAGGUUUUGCAAAUCUUUGGCGAUAGCAUGCUAGAAUUUGAUGGAUUAAGCCGCUUAAAAAUUGUAACAAUGAUUUUGCACGAGUCGUUAAGGCUAUAUCCACCGGUUGGAGCUCUUGGUCGAAGGAUUACAACAAAAACCAAGUUAGGGGAACUAAGUUUGCCAGCAGGAGUGAUGCUGUCUUUGCCAAUACUUUUAGUGCAUCAUGACGAAGAAAUUUGGGGCGAAGAUGCAAAGGAAUUCAAGCCAGAAAGAUUCAGUGAAGGCGUUUCAAAAGCAACAAAGGGCCGAAUGACGUUUUUCCCAUUUGGUGCAGGACCUCGGAUAUGCAUUGGGCUAAACUUUGCAAUGAUAGAAGCGAAGAUGGCUAUGGCUAUGAUUCUGCAACGCUUCUCCUUUGAGCUAUCUCCAUCUUACACACAUGCUCCACAGUCUGUCAUAACUAUGCAACCUCAAUAUGGUGCUCCUCUUAUAUUGCACAAAUUGUAAGUGUUUAAGACUUACAUGACUUGCCUUAUCGGAUGAACAACUAUGUCUAGCAAACAUAAGUUGAAAUAUUUUGCAACUAUAUGGUCUCUGCUUUCGCAUUUGUUUCUGUGAAACAAUGUCAAGAAUUCUCUUAACAAUAGUUACAGUGAUCUGAGUAAAAUUUCUGAUUGCCACCAACAACUUGCUCAGUACUUCUGUAUUAAUGUGAAACAUUAGAUUAUUACUUGUAUUAUAAGUAUAAUGUACAAGAGAUAAGGAAACAAGAAUUUGAUAUUGCACCUUUCUUCCCAAA